AUGGGGCCCCCAGGCAAUAGGGGAUCAUGGGGCCCCUGUGUCCUUGCCCACACUCAAACCACACCCAAAAAAGCCUAUGAAAGGUACCAGGGGCAUCUCAUGGGGCCCCCUACUGACCCCGGGCCCUUGGGCAGUGCCCGAGUGCUCAAAUGGUCAGUUCGCCCCUGCGUGUGCCAUACUUACCUGCCGCUGCACCCACGGUCCUGCAUCUGGCUUGUAUCCUGACGUGUGCCAUACUUGC